AGGUGAGACUAGCUAGUAGGUGAGACAGACACGCCCUCUCCUGGAUGACAACACAGGGGAAAGAAAAAAGAAAAGUAACCGCUGCUCGGUUUCAAUAAUGUCUGCUUUAUGAACCCACACAAGUCAGAAGAAUCUGUGAGAAGUCUUUGAUCUCUAGGCUGUUUUUUCUUUUCUUUUUCUUUUUUCACUGAGGAGGGAGGGACCUUUAACUUUCCAGCUUUAGCUAGUGCGUGAAAACAGCCGACAGUACCAACACGGGGACGGACAGACAGAACUCUCCCUGAGGACAGAAACAUUUCAACAUCGAUUAACCAACGGAAAAACCAACCACUGAACACGGGCGGGCGUUGAAUAGCUUCAAUGGAUCGAUACGAUAACAUGGAUUUGGAGUUGGAGUGUGACGGAGAAGCUCAAAAAUCAUUGCUAUUCGGUGGGAUGUUCAAAAGAUCCUCCAAGUCUGCAGUACCACCUCUCCAAGCACAGGAGACAGGAGGGGUGUUUAGUGGGAUGUUUAAAAAAUCGCCAAAGCCUUUUGGAGCGAGGACACAAUCUCAGCCUGUGAAGCAGACAAACUCAGAUGUCGAGGAUCCAGCUGUGAACGGUGAAAGGUCAUCGGAGGACAAACAGGUCAAAAGCAACAUGAUUCAGCAAGAGACAGAGGAAAGAAGUGAAACUCCAAUGGUCCCACCCAGACCAACUGAAGAGGAGAUGAAGAGGACGUCCACAUACAACAAAGUAAAAGCAAAAGGAACUGAGGAUAAUCAGGAUAACCAGGCUAUGAUCUCCAGAUCUGCUAGAGCAUCAGAGGAGGAGCUGAGCAGUACAGCGGGACAAAAGCAGAAGAGCAACCAUCAGUUUAAUUUGCUGCAGAGCCAAUCAGAUGGCGAAGGCCUCAAAAAAGAUGAAUCUGCAGAAGCCGAAGAGGAAGAAGAGGUGAACCCCCCAGAAAGCAAAACAGCUCAGUCCGAUGAUGAGGGGCUGAAAGAAGAAGAUGAUUCUUCACCCAAAGAAGAAAAGAAAGUCGAGGAGGGCCAAGACAAAACAGAGACCAAAGUCAAGAAACCUAAGAGACACAAUCCCUUCAUGCCUCGGGGCAAGGGCAAAAGUAUACAGAGGAACACACAGGACGGUGCUGCAGGCAAAACAGCAGAGGGUGUCUGCUCAGCUCUCGACAACUCUCAACAUAAUGAAGGUGGAAAUAGAUCCUUGUUUGACCAGCUGGAGGACUUCCGUCUUGACCCAGCACAGCCUGAAGACAGACAGGGUGUGGAGGACCUUAUGGAUUGGUGGAACACAGUGGAGUAUUGGGAGGACACGCUUCAAGAUGAUGACAUGACAGAAAAAGAAGAGGCCAAAGCGUUUGCUGUGACGGCAGACAAGGUGCAGAAGGGCAUCCGUGUCUUCAACAAACUGUUUUCGGAGCACGCCGAGAGCCUCUGGCAGCACGUCAUGGACCUCAACAGCAUCGCAGACGGCCUGGACAAGUUCAGCAAGAACACAAAGAUUGCUCAAAUCACCGGUGGCUCCACCAGCGCCCUCGGGGGCGUGGCCACCAUCACCGGCCUCGCCCUGGCCCCGUUCACCAUGGGAACCUCUUUGAUUGUGACGGCGGUGGGAUUGGGUGUGGCCACGGCCGGCGGGCUGACAUCAGCAGGGGCCGGCAUCUCUAACCAGGUCAACAACUCGAUGGACCGCAAGAAGGUGGAGAAGAUUGUGCAGGACUACCAGGAGAAGAUCGACGACCUCAACAAGUGCCUGAUGUUUGUCAAGCAGGGUAUCGAGAACCUGAGGAGGUUCGACCUGCUCAAAAUGAAAAAGCACGCCUACAACCGUGACUUCCCAGCGCUCAAUUUCAAUUUCUACGAAGACGGCGCCAUGGCCGGAAGGGCCGUCCUCAACAACGCUAAUGAGAUCAUGCGGGUGGUGCAGAUCGCCAAUAUGGCGGGCAGCACAGCAGCCAGAGCGGUCCAGAUCGCCAGUAUGGCCACUGGUGUGCUCACGGGACUCUUUAUAGGCAUGGACAUUUACUUUGUGGCCAAGGACUCCAAAGAACUGAAGAAAGGGGCCAAGUCAGAGUUUGCUGCCAAAAUCAGGGAGGUGGCUUUGCAGCUGCAUGAUGGUCUGGUGGAGCUCAACGGCAUACGAGGGGAGCUGCAGACCACCACACCAGAAACCAACGCAGGCAAUAAUACAGCUGCUUUGGACAGUGACAAGAAAGAGAAAAAUGACAGUUCAAGUGAAGAUGAAAUCGACCGCAUUAAAAAAGCCAUUAAAAAGGACUAUGAGAACCGAGAAUAUGUUUGACGGAAAAUUAAAAACUGCGCAAAGGCCUUAAAGGGGCUGUGCUUGAAAUACUCCGGGCUGAGAUUGCCUUCACACGGUACUCACAGACCAUAGAGACAGAGCACAUCGCGUCAUACGCUUUUGGGUUGGCAGCUUAUAAAAACGUAAUUUAUGGGUUCUUUACAGUGUUGGUAGUGAGUAUCACCACACAGCAGCUUUUAGGCAAGGCAAGGCAGCUUUAUUUGUAUAGCACAUUUCAGCAACAGGGCAAUUCAAAGAGCUUUACCUAAAACGUUAGGUAUUUUUCUGUUGUUUGCUAGCAGACGGAAUUGACGAGGAGGCUCCUUCACGCAAUACAAGUCAAUGGAGAGCGGCGCAGGUGGGACUUAAAUGCGCUUUGUCUUUAUUGCCCAAUAAGUUAAAUACUAAAAAGAUUUAGUAAGUAAGGACAUUUUUUGUCACAGCCACAUGCACUUACAUGCACGCACAGCCGGACCAGGUAUCACAACAAAGAAUAGAGAAGCUUGUGACUUGUGCCAUUACUCCACUAAAUCGUUACAUAUCUAGUAUCUGUUUGCUGCUAUA